UGCCGUAUGAGCAAUUGCUUUAACUAUAGCAGGUGUAUUGGCCGCCCUUUCAAAGUUUACGUAUAUGAUGGAAAUAAUAAAAUGUCCGAUAGCUAUGCUAGAGUUGUCCGAACCAUUCAGAAUAGUCCUUACUAUACUAACCAGCCAGAUCAAGCGUGCCUAUUUGUUUUAGCUGUUGAUACUCUUGACCGUGACAAAUCAAGUGAAGAUUACGUAAAUCGCGUCUCCAAGAUUAGUUCUCAUAAGUUAUGGAAUCGUGGUUAUAAUCAUAUCAUCUUUAAUUUAUUCGCUGGUACCUGGCCGGAUUAUGCUGAAGAUCUAAGCUUAUCUUUAGAGAAUGCGAUCCUCAUCAAAGCAUCCUUUUCAGACUCUACCUAUCGUCUUGGCUUUGAUAUCAGCUGGCCGUUAUUUGGUAAAGAUUAUCCUUUACAUAAUUUGCAAAAUGAUGGUCGUCAGCCAGGAAGUUUAUCAAGUAUUUUCCCAAUUCACCGAAAGUAUAAAGCAGCUUUUAAAGGCAAACGUUAUGUAUUGGGAAUAGGAAGUGAAACUAGAAAUGCUUUACACCACUUACAUGAUGAUCUCAAUUAUAUCAUGGUAACAACGUGUAAACAUGGUAAUACCUGGCGAGAGCAUCAAGAUAGUAGAUGUGUGGUUGAUGAGCUAACGUAUGGAGAGUACGACUAUCAAGAUUUGCUGAUAAAUUCCACAUUUUGCUUGGUCCCACGGGGUAGGCGCCUGGGCUCUUUUCGAUUCUUGGAGGCGCUUCAGUUUGGUUGCAUACCAAUUGUGCUAAGCAAUGGGUGGGUGCUGCCAUUCUCUGAAGUCAUUGAUUGGAAGAAAGCUUGCGUACAGAUUGAUGAAAGGCAAUUAUUCGAUGUGCCAGAGUUAAUUGAGUCUAUUAGUGAUGAAAAAAUACUUGCUAUGAAGCAGCAAAGUAUAUUCCUAUGGCAAACUUAUUUUCAAUCUGUAACUAGGAUCGUUCUGUCUACUUUAGAGAUUAUUCGAGGCCGUAUUGACCAAACUAAUCCAGUACAUAAUCUGUUAUGGAACCACGUACCUGGUGCCUUAGCUGCGUUACAUACUCCAUUUCUAGAAGAUGCACAAGAUUAUCCCUUUUAUUCUAAUGGGAUAUGGAAUUCUCAUGUCCAAAAGGCAUUUACUGCUAUCAUUGUCGUAAGAAAUUAUCCAGAUCGUAAAAAAUCCACGGCUUUCUACCAGUUAAUGCGUACUCUGACUAGUUUGCCUGUUGUAAAUAAGGUAUGGAUUCAUUGGCGAUGUAAGCAGCCAAUCAUCGCUGUAUCUGAACUACCCAGAAUAUUAUCUAAUAUAUCUAUUGUUAUAUCUGAUUUCAGAAAUCAGGAUUACUAUUUGAGCAACGUCUCGAAUUUAAUGCAUAUUAUUGAGACGCAAGCCAUUCUAUUUUUAGAGCAAGAUGCUGUAUAUAAUAAAGACGAGAUCCUAUUUGCCUUCGAUAUCUGGCGGUCCUUUACCGAUAGACUGGUUGGUUACGCUAGUAAAAGUCAUUAUUGGAAUGAUGUCCAUAAAAGAUAUGAAUUUACCUCUAAGUGGCUUAAUUACUAUUCGAUUAUAAUGUUAAAUGGAGCUUUUAUACAUAGAUACUACUACGACUUGGUAUAUCAUUUCUUUUCUGAUGUUGCCUUAAACAAAAUUCAGCGCCUAGACAAUUGUUUAGACAUUGCAAUCAACACUGUUAUUUCUUAUAUUACGAAUAAGCCACCCGUCAAGUUAACGCAAAAGAAAUAUCAUAAAAUAUCUGAAGAAUUUUCUAGUAAUGAACCAGCAUUAAAGGUACUACGUCGAAGAAUGUCUCAAAGAUGGAAAUGUUUGAAUUACUUAACCGAAUUGUUUGGAAGGCUACCAUUAAUACAUUCCUAUCUUCGUUAUGAUCCCUUAUCAUUUAAACAUCAACUGACCGCUGAUCGCAAGCGGCAUCGCCAAACCAAAGAUUUA